AUGAAAUCAGCUAUAUUUCAAGGUCGACAGUCUCUGCAGCCCCGAACAGCACACAAGAAUAUAGCACGAAAAAGGCCACAGACUCAAUCACCACAAAUCGGCCCCUCUCAUGGCCCGAGCUUCUCUAGUUGGAGCUUAGAUGAUCUCAUUACCAACUACACAGUUAGCGGAUCUCUCCCAACACCUCUUUCGCCUACCCUACCGCCACGUUUUGACCUGAAGAAAUUUGAGCCGGAGGAUAAUGAACACGAGGAGGACGACGACUCGAACGAUAGUGAUAUCGAAGGCAUACCUCUAUUACCUCCUGCCUCACAAGGCCCUAAGAUCGUUCAACCUACCCCAAAGGCACCAGCUAAGGUCAAAUCUAUUCCAACUCAGAGUGCUCCGCAGCCUAUAGUCACAAAGAGUGGCAAUGUGAAGAUUUUAAAUAAGCUCCAUGAUCUCGAGCGUCCGCGACUCUUGGUAAGAAUAAACUAUAAGGCGCUGCUUUCUAGAUUGAAAUCUAAGUUCACUGUGAAAUCCGGUGACGAGUCUAAUGCUACCAAAAGUGUUGAAACACCUAGAAAAGAGCCCGAAAUCAAGGGGAAGAAGGAGCUGGACGUUCGUCAUACCAAUCCAUGGCUAAAGACGGUCAAGGAUCUACAAACGCAAUGCGAUAGAGUCGCAAAAACAGACUUUUUUUUCUCGGUCGUGCUACAAUUUGAUUCCAUCAUGUGCUCCGUGAUCGCAAAUCUGGCCGAGGAGAAGCUGAAGCUCAGUAGAUCGAUUCUCAUCGACCGUUGGCAGCAUAUACACUCAAGCAUUCCUCUAUUCGUUUCUCGGAUCGAGAAGCAUUUGAAAACAAAUACCGUGUCAGAUAAAAUGAAGUCAAUGUUAUCUUUCUUGGUCGCAAUCCUAGCAAUUGCUCGCGCCCUUAUACUAAAGCGAGUGAAUUACCAACUCGAGCUCCAGGUAGAUCAACACAACAAGGACAACGGUCUGGACUCAAAACAGAAAAUAUGCGAUUUGCAAAGGCAAGUCAUCGAGAAUCACCAUAAGAUGGAGGAUAACUUCGCUCAAUCCCAAUCAUUUUUCUCCUUGAGUCCUCCACCUGCAACCGUUUUCCCUCAUAGUUGGCACAAUAGAGCGUCCUCUAUACCCAGGCCAAGUGGUCUCAUUUUAUGCCCGUCAUCAGAUAAGUAUUUUCUUCCUUUGGGAUCGUAUUCGGACAUCCGCGAGGCCCUUGCAUACUUGCACUGCUGUGUUCGAGAAUUUGGCGAAAUUUUUGGAUCUGAAAUAAAUGGAGGUGUCAGGUACACCUUACAAUCCGGCCAAAAAAGGCCCCGUUAG